AUGGCACGAGCUUCAUCCAUUCCUCAUGAUGUUCCUCAAUCUGCAUCUUCUAACAACUCUCCAAGGUUUCAUUCAGAUAGGAUUGGGAGUAGUCACAAUGAUGGGUCUGCAUUUCCGGGCCUGAAGAAGAGAGGCCAUGGUCUUGGAAGUCGUUCUUGGAUAAAGAUUGAUCAAAGUGGGGAAUCAAAGAUUUUGGAGCUCGACAAGGCUACUGUUAUGAGGCAUUGCUCUUUGCCAGCCAGAGAUCUUCGCCUAUUGGAUCCUGUAUUCAUAUAUCCUUCCACAAUAUUAGGCCGAGAAAAUGCUAUUGUGGUUAGUCUUGAACAGAUAAGAUGUAUAAUCACAGCUGAGGAGGUUAUCCUGAUGAAUUCAUUGGAUGGAUGUGUUCUCCAAUACAAUUCAGAAUUGUGCAAACGGCUCCAGACAAACAAGUAUCAUCCUGAUGACCUACCUUUCGAAUUCAAGGCACUGGAGCUAGCUUUGGAGCUAACAUGCAUGUCUCUUGAUGCUCAGGUAAAAGAAUUGGAAAUGGAGAUACUUCCAGUGCUUGAUGAACUGGCAUCAUCUAUUAGUACUCUUAACCUAGAACGCGUUCGUAGAUUCAAAGGCCACCUCCUUGCGUUGACACAGCGAGUGCAGAAGGUCUGUGAUGAAAUAGAGCAUCUUAUGGAUGAUGAUGGAGACAUGGCUGAGAUGUACUUAACAGAGAAGAAACAAAGAAAGGAGGCUUACCCCACCAGUGACUUAUAUGAGCAAACUAAUGGUUCGGGCAGGGCCACAGUGCUGUCAAAAUCUGCUCCUGUUUCACCUGUGGGGUUGGCCAAUGGAGCUCGAAAAUUGGAAAGGGCUUUCAGCAGCAUAAAUGCAAGCAAACUUGGAAGCUUAACUAGUUCAUCUAACGGUGGGGAAAAUAUUGAUCAACUUGAAAUGUUGCUUGAAGCAUAUUUUGUUGUCAUUGACAAUACCCUCCAUAAACUGUCAUCGCUCAAAGAAUAUAUUGAUGACACGGAGGAUCUGAUCAACAUUAAACUAGGCAAUGUCCAAAACCAGCUGAUACAAUUUGAGUUGCUUCUGACAGCAGCUACCUUUGUAGCUACAAUAUUUGCUGUGGUGACCGCGGUCUUUGGGAUGAACUUUGAGGACACAAUUUUCAAUGAACCGUCCACAUUCCAGUGGAUUCUUAUUGUAACAGGGGCUCUUCAUUGUCCUUUUGGGGUUUCUGCCUACACUCUCUCGACUUGGAGAGCAGUGGCUCAAUUUGCACUAGACUUCGUGAAAGCUUUCUUUGGGGAAAGCAACAGAUCUCUCUCCUUUUACCAGGGACACAUUAUAUAUGCCUCUCUUCAUCUGUUAUGCCCUAUGUGGAGAGCUUAG